CCUUGUUAAUUUCAUCUUCCUCCCCUCUUCCCUCCCUCUCCAACUCUCCCGGACAGCCCUUCUUCUUUUUCUUGGGAUUUCUCUCAAUUCUAUCACCAAAUAAAUCUACACAAAUCAUCCCACUUCCUUAAACUUCCCAAAAAAAAAGAGAGUAAAAAGUAAGCCAAAAAACUGGUUUCAAGAAAGAACAACACUUCAGUACUACUAUUCGAUUGCAGAGCUGACUGUAUUCACUAGCAAUGGCUGUUUCAGACAAGUUUCAAAGAGCAUCUUUGAUCCCAUCUUUUGUUUAUUCUCCUCCUUCGUUGUCGUCAAGGGGAUUGAUUGAUGUGGAGAGCCCUUUUCUGAUGUCUAGUGCUUCAUUUUCGCACUCCAGUGUUUCAUCAUCAGCACGGAAUGAAGGGAUUGUGAAGAAAGAUUUUGUGAUUCCAGCGCCUAAUGAGCCCACUGGAAAGAUUAAGAUGUUUUCGCCCGCUUAUUAUGCUGCUUGCACUGCAGGAGGAAUUUUUAGUUGUGGGCUAACUCAUAUGGCUGUCACCCCUCUUGAUCUGGUCAAGUGUAAUAUGCAGAUUGACCCUGCAAAAUACAAGGGCAUUACUUCUGGUUUCGGUGUUUUACUCAAGGAGCAAGGUGCAAGAGGUUUUUUUAGGGGUUGGGUGCCAACCCUGCUUGGUUAUAGUGCUCAGGGAGCUUGCAAGUUUGGAUUCUAUGAAUUCUUUAAGAAAUACUACUCUGAUAUUGCCGGUCCUGAGUAUGCAGCCAAGUAUAAAACUUUGAUCUACCUUGCUGGCUCUGCAUCUGCUGAAUUCAUUGCUGAUGUUGCCCUUUGUCCCUUCGAAGCAGUUAAGGUUCGUGUCCAGACUCAACCUGGAUUCGCCAGAGGCAUAUCAGAUGGACUUCCCAAGUUUAUCAAGGCUGAAGGUCCACUUGGGCUUUACAAGGGGCUUGUUCCUCUAUGGGGACGACAAAUUCCAUACACAAUGAUGAAGUUUGCAUCUUUUGAGACCAUAGUGGAAUCUUUGUACAAAUAUGCCAUUCCAACUCCUAAAGAGCAGUGUAGCAAAUCCUUACAGCUUGGAGUUAGCUUUGCUGGUGGUUAUGUGGCUGGCAUAUUCUGCGCUAUUGUGUCACAUCCUGCUGAUAACCUGGUCUCUUUCCUCAACAAUGCCAGGGGGGCAACCGUGGGUGAUGCUGUAAAGAACCUAGGCUUGUGGGGUUUGUUUACUCGUGGCCUUCCUCUACGUAUAGUCAUGAUUGGUACCCUCACUGGAGCACAAUGGGGAAUCUAUGAUGCUUUCAAAGUUUUUGUUGGAUUACCAACUACUGGUGGUGCUGCUCCUCCCGCACCAGCAAAAGCUUGAGGGAUGACCUGAUAAUUCACGAUCAUAAGUUCCUUUCCUUUCUGUUUCAAUCAUUUUUUCGAUAGGUCAUUCUUUUUAGCAAAAUCAGUUAAAAGGACGAAGUUACCUUCGAGGAUGGCACAUGAUCCUGGUGGGCUGUGAAAUCUGUUCAAGGCCUUUCAUUAUAUUAGUUGCCAUUCUCAUAAGUUUUGUAGUUAUAACUUUUUUUUCCUGAGGACGAGCUUCAGUCACCCUCCAAACAACAGAAGGCUUUACUUACAAGCUGUAAAGUUCAGUGUUUG